CAAAGCUCGGCUAAACCCGAGAGAUGAUGCUGGAAACAAUGCAUUCAGAGUGAAGGUUGAGUGUCAAAUCUCUCGGCUUUUUCCACAGGAUGCUGACACGAUCCUCUCUACUCGAUGGCUCUGACCAGCUCUGUGCCGCUCUGAUUUCUGCCGGAAUUCUCAGGUGUCAACAAAGAUUCCCACUGGGUUGUUCUCGGUUAUCCGCGGCGUUCGUCGUCCUUUCUUUGCGAACGUCAAUUGACGACUUCUUCUUUCCUUUUCUCUCUUGCAAAUGUAAAUGUAAACUCGCCUCUCACCAGGUUCAUGACACUUUCUGAGUCGCAUGUACAAUCAUGAGCAUCCGUGGUGCUGGUCGGCGUCUUGCACGCCAGUGCAACCCUGGUUAUAGAUCCUACUCCUCUGCCGCAACACCCUCCGCUCGUUUGAAUCUACCUAUCGACUACAAAUCUACUCCUCUUUUACACCAUGGCCCGUCGUCGAUAUCUAGCUCACGGGAGCUACCUCAGUCCACUAAUACAAAACGUAUGAAUCUAUACCAAGCAAUCAACUCGGCCCUUAGAACAGCCAUGUCUGCUUCAGAUAAAGUCAUCCUGUUCGGUGAAGAUGUGGCAUUCGGUGGUGUUUUCCGCUGUUCAAUGGACUUACAGAUGGAGUUUGGGUCGCACAGGGUUUUCAAUACUCCAUUAACAGAACAGGGAAUUGCUGGAUUCGCGAUUGGUGCUGCUGCUCAAGGAUUGAAACCUGUUGCCGAGAUACAGUUUGCGGAUUACGUCUAUCCCGCCUUUGAUCAGAUUGUGAAUGAAGCAGCAAAGUUUAGAUACCGUGAGGGAACAACCGGGGCAGAUGCUGGAGGCUUGGUUUUUAGAAUGCCCUGUGGAGCUGUUGGACAUGGCGCACUUUACCAUACUCAAUCUCCUGAAUCACUGUUUUCUCAUAUCCCGGGUGUUCGCGUGGUGAUGCCACGAUCUCCAACACAAGCAAAGGGGCUCUUGCUAUCGUCGAUCUUGGAAUGUAACGACCCGGUAAUCUUCAUGGAGCCUAAGAUCCUAUAUCGCGCGGCUGUUGAGCACGUUCCUACCGAGUCAUAUACUCUCCCGCUCAGCAAAGCAGACAUUGUAAAGCCAGGCUCCGACUUGACGAUUAUAUCAUACGGACAGCCAUUAUAUCUCUGCUCCCAAGCAAUAUCCGCAGUGGAGAAGGCAAGGAAAGGCGUGAAUAUAGAACUGAUUGAUUUACGGACGAUAUAUCCAUGGGAUCGACAGACCGUUCUAGACAGCGUUCGACGAACAGGGCGGGCCAUAGUAGUCCACGAGAGUAUGGUCAACUAUGGAGUUGGAGCUGAAGUUGCAGCUACCAUCCAAGAAGGUGCCUUUCUCCGAUUAGAGGCACCGGUCAAGCGGGUUGCUGGCUUGACUACCCAUACCGGACUAGCAUUUGAGAGUUUCAUCAUGCCUGAUGUUGCAAAAAUCCACGAUGCUAUUCUACAAACUCUCGACUAUUGAUUCUUGAUGUUACGAAUAUGAUACGAGCGAGUCAUAUUAAUCCUUCUUCGGUUUGCUUGGCAGUUGUACUUUUGUCAUCUUAUGCAUGAAUAGUUAUAGCAUUUAGUUACAUAUGAGUCAUGACAUGUUUACUGAGGUAGAUAGAUGUUGAUACAAAGCAAUCGAGCGCAUCGUUUUCUUUGUC